AAAAACAAAUCACACUUAUUGUCAUAGUAUUGUUCAGAUAUCAUUCGAAAAGAGGAAUACUUUUUAAACACAAAUUUGUUUGAUAGCAGUAUUAUCACAAAAGGAUGGAUUGUAUUGUGAACAUUGUGAAUUUAAAUACAUCGUUUUUAAGUUCAUGACUUAAAACCGCGAUAGCUACCUUACACUAUGGUAACUAACAUAACAAAAACACAUAUAUGUUUUUUUAUUGGUAACACUAUGAAGUGGAGUUUUAUAUCAUGCGCGAUCACAUAUUAAUUCACGUGUUUUUUAUAGUUUAAGUCGAACAUUAUAUUAACGUAUUCGUAAUAAAACAGUAUUUGUGGUGUUAGAAAACCUUCAAAUACUUGAAAGGAUUAAGUGAAAAAUAAAGAUUAAGAUUAAGUAAGGCUUGUUGACGUUAACAUAGUUCAUAUCAAUGGACUCCUAGAGCCUAUGAUAAGUUUUGCUUUUACGGCUCUCAUAAACCUUUUGGGUUAAGCUGAAAGUUGAAGUACUGCAAGUAUCGUUAACAAUAAUAGCAUUCAGUAACCUAAAAGAUCGCCAGUUGAUAAUUUGAAGCUUUACUAUCGUUUCAAAAACAAAUAUGCUAUUCAAAGAAUACGUGAAGUGAUAUAAACCACAACUCAAAAACUGUUUAAAGAUAUUGUUAUGCUAAUCCGUCAUAAUGGCAGAGGGUGGGUCUAACAGGAACCUAGAUAUAUUAACUGAUAUUCAAAAAACGCUGGAAGACACUUCAGACACACUCAAUCAUAAAAGUGCCGAAAGUAAAAGGUUUUGCAGAGAAACGAAGCAGAACAUUAGUAGUUUACCAGACAGUGACAAGAAAGCUGUUUUUAACAAAGCAAAUAUGAUCAUGGAUGCAGCUGCAGCGAUUCGCAAAUCUGUAGAGAGCGUUGAGGAACAGGCUUCAGGCCUGAAAAUGUUGACGCAUCCAGAAAUUGGAGAUGUGCCAAAUAGAGAACACACAGGACGAAAAUACCUUGACAGAGACAGUGGCCUGGGCCUGUCCGUCAAUUCAACUGUGUUGAUGGGCGAAAACCCGGCUGUAACAAAUCCGGUUGAAGACCGCGAGGAAUGCAACUACCCUGUUCAGGAUACCUCUGGUCCGAAUGAGUGAAUUGAAUAAAACCUCGUGAAUAUGUACAUAGAGAACAGUUUCACGAUCUGUUGUGUUAUAUAUGUUAGUGUUAUAAAUGUUAUUGUUA